GCGUUCUUCUCUUGCCGUUCAUUUUUUUUUUUAAUCGCCGGCGCUGUUCUGGGCGAGACUCGUGUUGUUUCUCUGGUCGGUGAGUUGAUGUCGAUUGAUGCUUUGAUUUCUUGUUUGUUUUAGGUUUUGGGCUAUAGUCGGUUACGUUCCACGAGCUUAGAUGGAUCGGUUCAGUUCUUUUCGCGUGUUUUCAUGUCACUGGUGGAAUACGAUCGCCGGAGACAAAUCUGCGCUCGUGCCAAACCUGAUCCUACCCACCCAAUUUGCCACCUCUGAGGUGCCAGUCGUGCCAGCAUAAUUCCGCUAAUGGUCAUCCUGAUUCUGAACUUGUUUGCUUGGUUGAAGAUCGAAUUUUUAUCUGUUCCCAGUGUUUCGUUUUCACGGCACAAGCUGACAUCAUGUGGCUCUUGACUUUUGCAUCACUAGUUUUUGUAUGGUUUGCAUCUUUGAUAGCAUACUUCCCCAGGAAACCUCUGUUUCUGAUUAGUGGCGAAAAUGCUAACAAGAGCAAUGUCUUGCUGGUUAUAGCCCACCCUGACGACGAGUCCAUGUUUUUCUCGCCAACAAUAAGUUAUCUCACUUCAAGGGGACAUAAACUUCAUAUUUUAUGCUUGUCAGUUGGUGAUGCUGAUGGCAAAGGAAAUAUAAGAAAAAAAGAGCUUUACGAAGCUUGUGUGACUCUCGAGGUUCCACGCCGACAAGUUAAAGUUGUGGAUCAUCCAGAUUUGCAGGAUGGGUUUGGCAACAAAUGGAAUCAUAACUUAUUAUCCAAGAUCAUAGAACAGGAAGUCCUUGCUUGUGGCAUUCACGUGGUUAUCACUUUUGAUGACUAUGGUGUUUCGGGCCAUUGCAACCAUCGUGAUGUGCAUUACGGGGUUCGGAAGCUCCUUCAACAGACGGCACGAAGAGAUAUCGAGGCCUGGGAACUUGUAAGUACCAACAUCUUACGCAAGUAUAGUGGACCAGUUGAUUUUUGGAUAUCCAUGGUGUUUGCCUCGCGUAGCCCCACUGGGUCAGUGCAUUGCUUAAUGAACGAGAAUCCUCGGAGGAGCUUCAUUGCUAUGUCGCAACACUCGAGUCAAUGGGUUUGGUUCCGCAAGCUUUUCGUUUCCUUCUCUAGCUACACAUACGUAAACACGCUAAGAAGCAUCGACAGAUCGGAGCAAGUGCAACGAAAGGGCAACGAUCAAGAAUUGUAGCAUUGUAUUUUCAUAUGAUUUAGGCAUUUUGCUGACGAUGGGGUUCUUGGAACACUGCGGAUGGAGGUUGGAUCUCUGUUGUGAGCCGAAACAAAAGAUGAAGAACUUGGAUACCGUCCGUACGAAAAGUUAUUUUCC